AUGUGGCCGCCGCCGCUGCCAUGGCUCCUGGCGUGGCUGCUCCUGGCAGCCCGUUGCGGGGCUGCUGCGGCGGCGGCCUUUCCUUCCCGGAGUACCACUAUUGAUUCCCAGCGCCCUACGGUGGUGGCUGGCGACGGAACCACACGUAACAGUAGCAGCCGCUUGGCCGAGAUGUCAGCGUCUCCCGAGCAGGGCCAGCCAAUGACCCAGCGCGCCCUGUCCGUGUUGGUGCUGGCCAGCGCCUCCCUCAUCGUCUACUUCGUGAUCCGGACCGUGCGGCUCAGAAGGCAGAACAGGAAAACCCGAAGAUACGGAGUUUUGGAUACAAACAUAGAAAACAUGGAGCUGACCCCAUUAGAGCAAGAUGAUGAUGAUGAUGAUGAUACAACGUUGUUUGAUGCCAAUAUUCCUCGGAGAGACGUUCGUGCCUUUCAGUCAAAGAAUUUACCUUAG